AAAACAAACAAACAAACAUCAAUAAAUAGGAGCUUUAACGCUAACUUCAAUUUUCUAUCGUUAUUUGUGUAGGUACGAGAGUUUGAGGCUUAAAAGAAAUAAAGACGAUGUGGUGAAUACGAUAAUCUGGCAACGCUGGCCCACACCCACAGCCUGACCACCCCAUAAAACACCCCAGGGGAAGACACAAUGCCCCGGAGACCUCUCGCAGGACCCCCUGAAACACUAUAGCCCCGUACUCCCUCCACACCAGAACUCACCGCGUCAGAAAAUCGUUGGUUGGGUGAAACGGUAAAUUGUCCUUAAUUAAUAGCCGAUAUACUAGUAGUGUUUCAACCAUUAACUCUGGAAGAAGUUGAAGACGGAAAGGAACUAUAUCACAACUAUAUGGAACAAGAAAAAGAAUACUGAACAAAACUAAAAGACAACAGCGCCAAUCAAGAAUUAAGAAGAAUAAGACAUUAGUGGGAGCCAUUACGAAGGCAAUCCCACGCCUACUACUGGACUGGACUGGACCCUGCUGACUCCUCGCAUCAGCAGAAGCAGCGGAGGCACCAGGGCGGGGCCAGCAGGAGCAGAGUGUCAGUGCAGUGAGGAUCAGGGGCGACCACCACCACCACCACCACCUCGCCGCUGGCACCUCCCGCCAGAGGAAAGGGAAAGUUUGGGUGUGAGAAGAUCGGAGACAGAUGCCAAGAGUGAGGGAAAAGACUCCCUGGGAAGGAUGACCUCAACUAGUACACCCAUGCACUUCUUCUUUUGACCUGGAUCUGGAGCUGUUUGUGGUGGUGGUGGAGGCUGUUCCAGUCACGUAUGGUGCGUGGAAAGUAUGAGUGCUUGUAUGCAUCAGUGUCAAAUAUGUUUGGUAUUUAUGGCUGUGUUACAAGUACGUUGACUGUGCGCUGUGUAAGUAUGUAUGUGGGUCAUUGUCAAUGUGAGUGUUUGUGAUCUUGUACAUAAGUGUAAGUCUGUGUGCUUGUCUGUGUAUGUGAAGAGGUUUCAUGUUUAUCUGUUUGAUCUGUGUUGUGAUUCCAGGGCUGCAUUUGAGAGGGAAUCUGGACGCCUGGAAUGUCCCGGGUGCUCUCAAACACGUGAUGCAGUGGUAGGAGUUGCCAUCUCAGCACGUCUGCUGCUUCCCGGCUUUGGGAGGUGGAGCGCCUCCGUGCUGUGAUGACGUCAUCAGCAAAUAUGGCGGCCCAAACAAACACAUAAAAGUGCUUCCAUUGUAUUUCACCUCUCUGUUCCACCAUAACCACUGCAGCUUCCUUCUCAUCUUCUGUUGUAAGGAGUUCGUCGGCCAGGACAGCUAAUGAUGCAUGGUGAACAUCGCCAGGAAGAUCAGCGGACGCCAUUUUGCUGUGAGUGAGACGCUGUUACCAUUGCAAAGACGAGACUUUGUUUAUUUUAAUUGGGAGGCGCACAAAAGCGUUUGAUAGUGGGUUCCGGGUGGUCUGGGCGCCCAAGACUCCCUCUUUCAAAGGCACCCCAGGCGUUUGAGUGUAAUUGUUUGUAAUGAACCUGCCCGCCUUGCUGUUGAUUUGUUCUAACCUAUCAAUGUUUCUGUGUGUGUAAGGAUCCCACACCGUGGAGCAGUAUUCCAGUGUUGGUCUCACAAGCGUGUCAUACACUAUGUGUUUGAUGUCAGGUGUGUAGUUAUGUAGAUUCCUCCUCAGGAGCCCCAGUGUUCUGUUGGCUGUGGCACUGAUGUGGUCUAUGUGAGUGUUGAAUUUCAAGUUAGUUCAGAGGUGAAUACCUGUUUUGCUUUAUAUCGAUUCUUAGGUCCACCUUGAUUCUUCACUCCAGUGAAGGAUCUCAUGAAUACCAUGUGUAGCCAAAGGUUCAAUAUGGAGAGUAGCCUUAAUUUACACAUCCUUACAGACACUAAGGAAAGACCUCAUGAAUGCCAAGAAUGUGGCAAAAAGUUCAGCAUGAAGUGUAAUCUCAAGCAACACAUCCUUACACACACUGGUGUAAAACCUCAUGAAUGCCAAGAGUGUGGCAGAAAGUUUACUCAGAAGAGUACCCUCAAGACCCACACCCUUACACACACUGGAGAAAGACCUCACAAAUGCCAAGAGUGUGGCAGAAAGUUCAGCACAAAGCGUAUCCUCAACUCACACACCCUUACACACACUGGUGAAAGACCUUACGAAUGUCAUGAAUGUGGCAAAAGAUUCAGUAGGAAGGAUGGCCUCAACAAACACAUCCUCACACACACUGGAGAAAGACCUUACAAAUGCCAGGAGUGUGGCAAAGGGUUCACUAUGAGUAACAGCUUGAACAUACACACUCUUACACACACUGGUGAAAAACCCCACGAGUGCCGUGAAUGUGGCAAAACAUUCAGGUCUAAGACUAACCUCCGGACACACAGUGUUACACACAAUGAUGAGAGAAAGCAUGAAUGUGAUGUUUGUGGGAGACUAUUCACUCUACGGUGUAACCUCAGAGAACACAUCCUUGUACACAUUGAUGAAAGAAAUUAUGGGUGUGGAGUUUGUGGGAAGCGAUUCAAUCUUAAGCGUGACCUCAAAGCACACACCCUGUCAACACACAGUGAAAGACCUCAUGAAUGCUUAGAGUGUGGCAAAAGGUUCAUUUAUAAGACUCAUUUGAACAGGCAUGCCUUCAGCCACUCUGGCCUGAAAGAGUUAAAGUGUGAUGUUUGUGGGAAAUAUUUCAAGAAGAAGGGAGAUAUUGCCAGACACAUGAAGAUCCACUUUCCUUAGGUGUUGUGUUGUGCUGCUGUGUGGUGGUGGUGGAGGGCAGUGUCUGGCACACACAUCAGAAAAUAAAAUAGUCCAUUAUUCAUAUUAAUUUUCCUUUUAUUAUUUUUCUUUAGUGAAGCCUUUGAAUUUUUACUACUGCACUAACCCGGUGGUGGCAGCAGCGGGGAUCAUGUUUCUUAAUGGUCCCUCCAAGCGAGAAAAAUGAGAAAAAAUCACCCCUCACACAAACCAUUUCAUAAUAUAUAUCAAAGCAUUUGUGAUCAGAUUGUGUAUCAUCUGUUUUGGGGGUUUUAUAUCAUGGCACAAAUCUGGCCCGUCGCUGCUACACGGUAAAGCCACAAAUUUGGCCCGUCGCUGCCACACGGUAAAGCCACAAAUUUGGCCCGUCGCUGCUACACGGUAAAGCCACAAAUUUGGCCCAUCGCUGCCACACGGUAAAGCCACAAAUUUGGCCCGUCGCUGCUACACGGUAAAGCCACAAAUUUGGCCCAUCGCUGCCACACGGUAAAGCCACAAAUUUGGCCCGUCGCUGCUACCGGGUUAAAAUUAUCCUUGUUCUUCAUCCAAUCAUCAUUAUUUUAAGGUAUCAUGGGAAUUAUAGUCGAACACUCCACUUCCAUUUCCCUCUGACCCUUUGAGUAUGGGUGUAGCUAUAUAACUUAAGCAGCCUUGGCCAUGGCUUUGGGUGUAAUUAUAUAAGCCAUUUCCUGCUGGGAUAUUUCAGUGAAUGUAGCAAAAAUGUGUUAUGUGUGCUGCUUUUAUUCUUGGGAUAAAUUGCAGUUGUUGCUAACGCCCUUCUGUCAGUUUAGUCUUUUGCCAGCAGCCGGGAUACUCGAGUCAAAACGUCAGAGUCUAUGGAAACACAUCAAACUGUAACACUUUUGUCUCCAAAACAACUGAAUAAAUUGCACUGAGCUGAAAUCAGACUUUGUUAUUGAUCCUCACCAUAUCUUCUUGCAUCCAGAAGUAUCUGGGUAUCAAGAAACAUCCAGAAAUACUACUGAUGCCCCUCACCCUUAUACCCACCUCAUCUGCCCCCAGUAAGGCAACACCAAUCAUAGCCAAGUUCAAGGUAAGUCAUAUCUAAAGAUACCAAAAUAAACCUCACUGGAGUGAUAGUACUGGACUAACUCGGCUAAGAAAAAAAUGACUUAGAGUUUGGCUCCAAC